CACUGAGCAGGAAGCAAAAUUACACAUCAGAUCUCCGCCUCCGCCCAGCUGCUGCUGCUCUCACUGAGCAAGUGAAGCUCUCCUCACACACUCUGCGCACACACACAGACUUUGACAGUUUUCUUGAAAGAAGAAGAAGAGAGGUCGCGAUGAAGCUGGUGGUCGCCCCGCUCCUCCUCCUCCUCCUCCUCCUCCUCCAGGCGUCAGGAUCAGCAGACGGCAGGUGUUUCUGUCAGGUCACAGGAGAUCUGGAGGACUGCGCCUGUGAUGUGGAGACCAUCGAUGGCUUCAACAACGACAAACUGUUCCCCAAACUUCAAACUCUACUGGAGUCCGACUAUUUCAGGUUCUACAAGGUGAACCUGAACAAGCCGUGUCCGUUCUGGAAGGCCAGCAGCCACUGUGGUCUGAGGGACUGUGCGGUGAAGCCCUGCUCUCCGAACGAAGUGCCAGAGGGGAUCCGGUCGCCCUCCCACAACAAGUAUUCGUCAGAGGCAAACGAGCAGGUUGAAUGUGAGCAGGCGAAGCACCUCGGAGCCGUGGAUGUCUCUUUAAGCAAGGAGACCAGAGAGGCUCUGCUCAACUGGAGCAGACAUGACGACGAGUCCGAGCGCUUCUGUGUGGUUGACGACGAGCGGUCACCGGACUCCCAGUACGUCGACCUGCUGCUCAACCCGGAGCGCUUCACAGGCUACAGAGGACCAGAGGCCUGGCAGAUCUGGAACAGCAUCUAUGAGGAGAACUGCUUCAAGCCGUAUACUGUCAGGCGUCCACUUAUUCCCAACUCGUUCCACAGCAGCUCAGGAAGCGAAGCGAGGACCUUCUACAGCUGGCUGGAAGGUCAGUGUGUGGAGAAGAGGGCCUUCUACCGGCUCAUCUCAGGCCUCCACGCCAGCAUCAACAUACACCUCAGCGCCAGAUACCUGUUGGAUGACAGCUGGUUUCAGAAGAAGUGGGGUCACAAUGUGUCAGAGUUCAGGCAGCGUUUCGAUUCGGAGCUGACGGCCGGCGAGGGGCCCAAGAGGCUGCGCAACCUCUACUUCCUGUACCUGAUAGAGCUGCGGGCGCUGGCCAAAGCUCUGCCGUUCUUCCAGCAGCCGUCAUUCCAGCUGUACACGGGCCGACCGGAGGAGGACCAGAAGCACAAGGAGCUGCUGCUGCACAUCCUGCAGCUGGCCAGGUCGUUCCCUCUGCACUUUGAUGAGACGUCUCUGUUUGCUGGGGAUGAAAAGGAAGCAGCCAAACUGAAGGAGGACGUCAGACUGGCCUUCCUCAACAUCUCCAGGAUCAUGGACUGCGUGGGCUGCUUCAAGUGUCGACUGUGGGGGAAACUGCAGACUCAGGGAUUAGGAACAUCACUGAAGAUUUUGUUUUCCGAGCGACAGAUUGAAGCUCUGCCCGGAUCCAGCGACCAGCGACCCAGUUUCCAGCUCAGCCGGCAGGAGAUCGUCUCCCUGUUCAACGCCUUUGGAAGGAUUUCCACAAGCAUCAGAGAGCUGAAGAACUUCAGAUUGCUGCUAGCAGAGGACCGGUGACGUUAAGGAGCCCUAACGUCGAAGCUCAGCAUGACGAAGGAUGAGCUCUGAGUUUAUCUUUCUGUUGUGAAUGAAGUCACACCUCUGCCAAUAUUUAAACAUUCUUCCAGGUGUUUGUUUUGUGUCUUAAGGUGUUUUGUUGAGUGAAACUGUAAUAGUUUCAGCUGUUAGGAGAGACUAAGGAGAACAUGCUUCUUUAUAUGAAAACAUGCUUUGAUCAGUGAAUCACCCUUUGAGAUAAUUUUCAUGUUUGCUGUGAUUGCUAGUUUGAUGUAAUCUGACACAUUUCAGUACUGUGGCCCGUUGUGGAGUGUUUUUGUGAUUUUGUGGCAUCCUGAGGAUGGCGCUGUUCGUAAAGUUAGCUCAUUUUUACUGCUAAAUGCAAAAUCUUCAGUAAUUGCUUUGGUAAAUCAAUGUCAUGUAAACAAGAAAAAAUGUUCAGUGUGUUAAAGUGAGGAUCUGUGUGGGAAUUAAAAUAAUAUAUUUGUAUAAUUUAUAGAUGAUUUUUUAAAAAUAAAUAUCACACGUUUCCAUA